CUCAAAGAAGCAGAUUGGGCUGAUGGUGGGCGGAUAAUAGCAUGCACUCAACCAAGACGAUUGGCUGUCCAGUUAAAAGCCUUGGGCAUAGAUAAUAUCCUGGGCUUUGAUUCGCCGGCAUCUCCAUCUCCUGAAGCAAUGAUUCGAGCACUUGAAAUACUUUAUUCACUUGGAGUCUUGGAUGAUGAUGCCAAACUUACUUCACCAGCUGGAUUUCAAGUAGCAGAGAUUCCAUUAGAACCAAUGGUCUCGAAAAUGAUCCUUUCUUCGAGCAAACUUGGAUGUUCAGAGGAGAUUAUUACUAUUGCUGCUAUUCUCUCAGUCCAAUCCAUUUGGGUGUCUGGGAGGGGAGUAAAAAAGGAUAUGGAUGAAGCCAAGUUGAGAUUUGCUGCUUCUGAGAAAAGGUUAUUGAAACUAGAGAACAACUCAGAAGAAUAGCACAGAGAUUAGGCAUAGUCUUGAAAUCUUCUGAAAGAGAUGCAGGUGGUAAGAAAGGCAGUUACUGCUGGCUUUUCUACUAAUGCGUGUCAUAUAGAAGCAUUCACUCACAAUGGGAUGUACAAGACUGUCAGAGAGUCUCAAGAAGUGUAUAUUCACCCAUCAUUUGUGUUAUUUAGGUUCGGACAGAAAUUGGACUGCAAUUUGACUCGAUCUGUGAUCAAGGAACUUCCCCCCAAAGUAUCACACUAUUUGCAUUUACACCUCCAAAACUACGACUCUGCAACUUGGAUCUAUAAACCAUCAAAAUGUUUCGAGUUGCCCCUUGUGUCAGAUGUGCAUGUGCCUUACAUUUUUGUCUCCAAAAGUUUCUCUAUUUUCUCUCCUUAGAGAUUGCUACUGUUUCCAAUAUAGGGUAUUCAUUUCACAUUUAUGUGUACCAAGGUGCGUCAAUUCUAGGAGGCCUGUGCACCCCCGAUGUUUUCUUUUGUUUAAUCACUCUAGUACAUUUUUGUA